CACUUUCUCCCUGACUCAGAAAAAACUAAACGCCUAUAAAAAAGCCUCUCUUAUACAAAAUGACUCCAAAAUUCCGGCGGUACAUCGCCGGAGUGGCCAUAACAAAAUAAAAGAGAGAGGGAGAGAGAGAGCGGUACAUCGCCGGAGUGGCCAUAACAAAAUGAGAGAGAGAGAGAGAGAUUAACUAAAUCCAAUUUCCAUUUGAGAUUCGAAGAUUGUGAUUUCUACACAAGCUUUAAGUGAACUGUUUAUAGUACUACUUGGAGAGUACUCAAGGAAUAAAGAUCAUAGUUGAGAUUCAAUUUAAUUUCGAUUAUGGCGGCGGCUUUAGUAGGAGAUGAUCUAGCUCGAUCGACGAGCAGAAGGAGCUCGAGGUCGUCGAGCUUUAAGGAGGCGUGGACAGCGCCGCCGAACGUGUUCAGCAAAAGCGAGCGGCGGGAAGACGACGAGGAGGAAUUGCGGUGGGCGGCAAUCGAGCGGUUGCCGACCUACGACCGCCUGAGGAAGGGAAUGCUCCGGCAUGUGCUCGAGAACGGCCGCGUCGUCCACGACGAGGUCGACGUCACGAAGCUCGAGAUGCCGGAGAGGAAGAAGCUCAUGGAGAGCAUCCUUGGCCUUGUGGAAGAAGACAACGAGAAGUUCCUUCAACGCCUAAGGGAGAGGACUGAUCGGGUGGGAAUUGAGAUUCCGAAGAUUGAAGUUCGAUACGAGAAUUUAUCGGUCGAAGGAGAUGUGUACGUUGGAAGCAGAGCUCUUCCUACUCUGCUUAAUGCUACACUUAACACCAUAGAGAGUGUACUCGGUUCAGUUCGGUUAGCUCCGUCCAAGAAGCGGAAGAUGCAGAUACUGAAAGAUGUCAGUGGGAUCGUCAGGCCUUGUAGGAUGACCCUACUUUUGGGCCCUCCUGGUGCAGGGAAAACAACAUUAUUGCUGGCACUUGCAGGGAAACUUGAUCAAGAUCUCAGGGUGUCUGGGAAAGUGACAUAUUGUGGUCAUGAAAUGGAUGAAUUUGUUCCUCAAAGAACCUGCGCUUACAUUAGUCAGCAUGAUCUUCACUACGGAGAGAUGACGGUGAGAGAGACACUGGAUUUCUCAGGACGUUGUUUGGGUGUCGGCACAAGGUAUGAAAUGUUGGCUGAACUCUCAAACAGAGAGAGAGAGGCAGGAAUUAAGCCGGAUCCCGAGAUCGAUGCCUUCAUGAAGGCUACCGCAAUGUCCGGCCAGAAAACUAGUUUGGUCACGGAUUAUGUUCUCAAGAUACUUGGGUUGGAUAUUUGUGCGGAUAUCAUGGUUGGUGACGACAUGAGAAGAGGUAUUUCUGGUGGGCAAAAAAAGCGCGUUACUACAGGGGAGAUGUUGGUGGGGCCAGCGAAGGUUCUUUUGAUGGAUGAAAUUUCAACUGGUUUAGAUAGUUCCACCACUUUCCAAAUUUGCAAGUACAUGAGACAAAUGGUUCACAUUUCUGAUGUGACAAUGGUCAUCUCUCUUCUACAGCCAGCUCCUGAGACUUAUGACCUUUUCGACGACAUUAUUUUGCUCUCUGCAGGUCAGGCUGUGUACCAUGGUCCCCGAGAAAAUGUCCUCGAAUUCUUCGAGCACAUGGGCUUCAAAUGCCCCGAGAGGAAAGGAGUCGCCGACUUUCUUCAAGAAGUAAUGUCGAAUAAGGACCAAGAACAGUAUUGGUUUAAGAAGGACCAACCGUACACAUUCAUAUCAGUUGCGGAUUUCGCUGAGGCCUUCAAAUCUUUCCAUGUAGGUCAACAACUCGCAGACGAUCUUCGAAUUCCUUACGACAAAUCCACAGCCCACCCGGCUGCAUUGGUGACCGAGAAAUACGGGAUUUCAAAUUGGGAACUAUUCAAAGCAUGCUUUUCAAGAGAGUGGCUACUGAUGAAGCGCAAUUCUUUUGUCUAUGUAUUCAAGACAACACAAAUAACAAUUAUGUCGGUGAUUGCCCUGACUGUCUUUCUUAGGACCGAAAUGCCGGUGGGAACGGUACAAGACGGAGGAAAGUUCUUUGGAGCACUGUUUUUCAGUCUAAUUAAUGUCAUGUUCAAUGGGAUGGCCGAGCUCGCAAUGACCGUUUUCAGACUUCCUGUCUUCUUCAAACAAAGAGAUUUCUUGUUUUACCCUGCUUGGGCAUUUUGCUUACCAAUUUGGGUCCUCAGGAUUCCAUUGUCUUUUCUCGAAUCCGCAAUAUGGAUUCUUCUAACAUACUACUCAAUUGGAUUUGCUCCAGCUGCUAGCAGAUUUUUCAAACAGUUGUUAGCAUUCUUUGGAAUUCAUCAGAUGGCUCUAUCUCUCUUCCGUUUCAUCGCCGCAGUCGGAAGAACACAAGUUGUUGCGAAUACACUGGGUACUUUUACCUUGUUAUUGGUUUUUGUCCUUGGAGGUUUCAUCGUCGCCAAAAAUGACCUUGAGCCCUGGAUGUUGUGGGGCUAUUACGUUUCUCCCAUGAUGUACGGACAGAAUGCAAUUGUCAUCAAUGAAUUCCUUGAUGAUAGAUGGGGCGCGAAAAAUACGGAUCCUGGAGUAAAUGAACCUACAGUUGGGAAAGUCCUCCUCAAGUCUAGAGGCUUUUUUACGGAAGAAUAUUGGUUUUGGAUUUGCGUUGGGGCACUCUUUGGAUUUUCUCUUCUUUUCAACAUUUUAUUCAUUGCAUCUUUGACCUAUUUGAACCCUUUUGGAGAUACGAACGCUGUCAUUAGUGUAGAUCAUGAAGAAAAGGACAAAAAGAACAAGAAUUCAGACUCCUCUAGCCAAAAAGUGUCGGUGGGGAAUUCGAACUCAAAACCUCAACAUGAAAGUUUUGAUAUGGAAGUGAGAAGCACUUCUGAAGAUUUUGGUUCUUCUAAAGAUGCACCAAAAAGAGGAAUGGUUUUGCCUUUCCAACCCCUAUCUCUUGCCUUCAACCAUGUGAACUACUACGUGGACAUGCCUGCUGAAAUGAAGAGUCAAGGAGUUGAAGAAGAUCGUCUUCAACUGUUGAGUGAUGUCAGUGGCGCUUUUAGGCCCGGAAUCUUGACGGCGCUAGUUGGGGUCAGUGGCGCAGGGAAGACGACCCUUAUGGACGUCUUGGCCGGAAGAAAAACCGGCGGUUACAUUGAAGGAAGCAUAUUUAUCUCAGGCUAUCCAAAGAACCAAGCAACAUUUGCUAGGGUUAGUGGCUAUUGUGAACAAAAUGACAUUCAUUCACCACAUGUCACUGUCUAUGAAUCCCUUCUCUAUUCGGCGUGGCUUCGUCUUUCUACAGAUGUGGAUUUAAGAACAAGGAAGAUGUUUGUUGAAGAAGUUACGGAACUCGUGGAGUUAAAUCCAAUAAGAAAUGCUCUAGUGGGACUUCCGGGUGUAGAUGGUCUUUCAACAGAACAAAGAAAAAGACUAACAAUAGCUGUGGAGUUGGUUGCUAAUCCGUCAAUCAUCUUCAUGGAUGAACCAACAUCCGGUCUUGACGCCAGAGCGGCCGCCAUUGUCAUGCGUACCGUGAGAAACACCGUCGAUACAGGAAGAACAGUGGUGUGCACAAUUCACCAGCCAAGUAUUGAUAUUUUUGAAGCUUUUGAUGAGUUACUACUGAUGAAACGAGGAGGACAAGUGAUUUAUGCUGGACCUCUUGGUCGCCGUUCUCACAAGCUCAUUGAAUACUUUGAAGCAAUCCCUGGGGUACCGAAGAUUAGGGAUGGUUAUAAUCCUGCCACGUGGAUGCUUGAGGUCACCACCCCUCAAGUUGGGGCUCAACUUGAUGUUGACUUUGCAGAACUUUAUGCCAACUCCUCACUUUACCUGAGAAAUCAGGAGCUUAUCGAAGAGCUUAGCACGCCGGCACCGGGGUCAAAGGACCUCUUCUUCCCUACCAAAUACUCCCAACCAUUUUAUGUUCAGUGCAAUGCCUGUGUUUGGAAGCAAUACUGGUCUUAUUGGAGAAACCCUCAAUACAAUGCCAUCCGGUUCUUCAUGACAAUAGUCAUCGGUGUUUUGUUUGGUCUUAUUUUCUGGAACAAGGGACAACAAACAACCAAACAACAAGAUCUAACGAAUCUUUUGGGAGCCAUGUAUGCUGCUGUGCUUUUCCUUGGAGCCUGCAAUGCUUCCGCUGUGCAGUCCAUCGUUGCCAUUGAGAGAACGGUUUUCUACCGCGAAAGAGCCGCGGGAAUGUAUUCAGCACUUCCUUACGCAUUUGCUCAGGUACAACGACAAAUCACGGUGGCCGUAGAGACAAUGUACACAGCAAUACAAACUUUCAUUUACACGCUUCUUCUCUACUCUAUGAUUGGGUUUGAGUGGAAAGCAGGAAAGUUCUUGUGGUUUUACUACUACAUGACGAUGUGCUUUGUCUACUUCACAAUGUACGGAAUGAUGGUGGUUGCUUUGACCCCUGGCCACCAAAUCGCCGCCAUUGUUAUGGCCUUCUUUCUCAGCUUCUGGAACUUGUUCUCUGGUUUUCUCCUUCCCAGGAUGCAAAUCCCCAUCUGGUGGAGAUGGUACUAUUGGGCUUCUCCUGUGGCCUGGACACUAUAUGGGCUUGUCACGUCUCAAGUGGGUGACAAAGAUGCUGAUCUGGAGAUACCUGGGCUUGGGACUAGUAUUCCAUUGAAGGUGUUCCUUAAGGACAACUUGGGCUUUGACUAUAACUUCCUUCCAACUGUUGCUGUGGCCCAUGUUGGCUGGGUCCUCCUCUUCUUCUUUGUAUUUGCAUAUGGCAUCAAAUUCCUCAACUACCAGAGGAGAUAAAAUCAUAUAGUCAGUCUCACUCCCAUAUAUAGAAUUAUAGAUUAUAGGACGACAUCUUCUAAAUUUAACUUUAGUUUCUUCUAAUUUAUCAGGAAAAUAAAUGUUUCUUCCAGAAUGGGCACUUCCAAAAUAUUGCUCAUGAUCUUCUAAAUUUAACUUUGUUUCUUCUAAUUUAUCAGGAAAAUAAAUGUUU